UUUUUUGUUUUAGUGCAGUAAAUAGAUAUGAUUUCGUCUUUACUUCUAAUCUGCUAUGAGUUAUAUGACGUAUUGAAUUUAUGUUAUUUUUAUGAUCACGAUUUUGUUAUGCAAUACCGAACAGGAGUAUGAAUCCCCAUUUAUUUUAGGAUGUUGAACGUGACAACUGACAACUUUAUUUUAAAUAUUUUAUUUAUUUAUUUUCUUCGUAAAUAAGAUUUAGCAUGCGAUAUUUUUUCUACUUUCCAAAAGUAAAUUCCAAAAUUAGACCCAUGAAAUUGGCUAUUCAAUAUUAAAUUAAAAGAAAAAGGAAAAAGAAAAUCUGCAGAAAAAGGAAAUUAAAUUAAAUGUGUUUAGCGAAUGAUUAUUUAACCGCAUUAAUUAAUAGUUAAAAAUAUUUAUAUUUUUUCCCACCAAAAUCUGGCCCAUUUAUUUCCGUGAAGAUCCAACCUAAUUAAAAUUACCAAAAAACCACGCUUCCAUAAAUAACCCAAAUACUUAAUUGCUGUCAAAUAUUUUCCUUUUCUGUUCUCCACAUUAUUUUUAAUUGAUAAAAAUAUAAUAAAAUAAUACCGCUUUUGUGGGCCCAUCUGAUUUAUUUAUUUAUUUAAUUCGGUUGGUGUGUCGUAUCUCUACUUAUUUUUUGCCCCUGUUGCAAAGCAAAGACGUAUAUAAGACGCGAGUAAUCAAUCCUCUUUCAUUAUAAUUCUUCCUUCGAUAUCAAAACUCUUCCCAAGAGAUUCUUUCUCAUCUCCAAUUCCAAUUGAUGUUUUUAUUUAGCCCCUUUCGCCAAAUCUGCGAUUCGUUCUUCAUCUCGGAAGUAAUUCACGGCGGUUGAAUAAAUUGGAUUCGGAGAAGAAACACUCUGAUCGUUAAUCAGUGUGACAAUGGCAGUAGUAAUUACAAAGCAAGAAAGUCAUAUUCAUUGUACAAACAAUGGAAUACCGGUGGUACGGAGAACCCUGAGGCGUGUGCCUGCAAGGAAGAGGAAGCUUAUCAUUAGUUUUGAUGACGAUGAAGAAUAUGAGGAGAAUGUUAAAUUAUCCCCUCCAGAAUCAGAGGAUUUGUCUGGUCAGAAAGCAAGAAAAUUUGGAAGCAGCAACAUUUCGUGUGAGAGAACAACACCAAGUCUACAUCAGAGGGUUUCAACCGUAAAAGUAAAAGAAACAGCGCAGACAAAGAAAAGUUCUGGUAGCUCCUCCGCGGAGAGAUAUAUCUCGUCAAAGAAGAGAUGCCACCGUGUUUCUCCAGGUGAAAUAGAUUCUGAUAGUUCUGAUGAGAAAGGCAACGAUUGUUUUAGGUCCUUAGAGGAGUUAUUGGCUAAAGAAGGUUCAACAGUACGUAGGUUUCAGAGAAAACGCUCAGAGAAGGUUUCCAAGAAGUCAAAUGAGAAAAAUAUCUGUGGAAAUAAAGUUAAUAGGAAAAAGGAAGAAACUGACAGUGAAGAAGAGUGGUGUGAGAGCAAGAAAAGACGUAGGCCAUCAGUGGCAACAUCCGGCAACCAAAAGAAACAAACUGAGGAUAUGGAUGAUCAAAAAACAUCCAAAAGGCGCCGUGUUUCUUCACACAAAUUUUUGGACGAAAAUUUCAUUUCAUGUGAUUGGGUUGAUGAUGAAGAAGAUGUGGUUUCGUCUAUUGAUAUAGUGGUUGGAGGAACUGAUUUAAUCAACUUAUCAAGAAUCCAAAGUAGUGCCAAGAAAGCAAAAAGGAGUUUAAAGAGCGCCAAAAGGAAAUCUGAUGGUUCUGCAAAACACUCUCCAUCUAACUUAUCCACCUCUUCAUCGUCCUCUUGUUCAUCAAUUCCACAACUUGAUACUAAAGCAGAACAGAGAUCUGUAAGUAAAAACACAAAGGUAAAUGGGAAGGAGUCGAUUAAAUGUCACCAGUGUCAAAGAACAGAUAGAAGAAUUGUUGUUCCGUGCACAAAGUGUGACAAGAAAGUGUACUGCAUCCAAUGUAUUAAGCAAUGGUAUCCCGAAUUAUCUGAGGAGGAAGUUUCAGAGGUUUGCCCACAUUGCCGGAAUAAUUGCAACUGCAACUUGUGCUUGCAUUCCACCUCCAUUUUGAAGACAUCGAAGAGAGAUAUGAACGAUGAUGAGAAGAUUCGACAUCUGCACUAUCUCAUAAGCAAACUUUUUCCCUAUCUACAACACAUUCACAAAGAACAAAUUGAAGAGAUAGAGAUGGAGUCUGAAAUUCAAGGGAUACCUUCAUCUUCAGUCGAAGUAAAACGGGCAUUUAGCUAUACCGAUGAGCGAGUAUAUUGCAACCACUGUUCAACUUCAAUUGUUGAUCUUCAUCGAAGCUGCCCAAGUUGCUCUUAUGAGCUGUGCCUUAGUUGUUUCCGUGAGAUCCGUUCGGGUCAGCAUCCAGGAGGACCAAACAAACGGGUCCUGCAAUAUGUGGACAGAGGCUGUGAUUACAUGCAUGGUGGAAAUCCACAUCCAGAAUCUUGUAAUACACAGUCUUUAGAUAGAGAUUCUGAAAUCCCAUUUGAGUGGGUUUUAAAUAAAGAUGGGAGUGUUUUUUGUCCUCCCGAAGAAAUGGGCGGAUGUGGCAGUUGCAAAUUAGAGCUCAAGUGCCUCCUUCCAGAAAAUUGGAUCUCGCUUCUAGAAGAACGAGCAGAAAACGUAUUGAGAGAAUAUAAACCAGUCAAGGAUGUUUCUGAUCAUACAACUUGUGCUUGUGAAGAAGGCUCGAAAGACAAAUGUUUGUAUUGCCCAGAUUCGAAGGAUACAUUGAACGAGGAAGAGCUUCUGCACUUCCAAAAGCACUGGGCUAAAGGAGAACCGGUUAUUGUUAGAAAUGUUCUUGAGCAUACAAGCGGAUUAAGUUGGGAGCCGAUGGUUAUGUGGCGUGCAUUGUGUGAGAAUACAGAUUCGCAGAUCAGUUCAAGAAUGUCUGAUGUAAAGGCUAUUGAUUGCUUAGCUGGUUGUGAGGUGGAGAUUAGUACUCGGAAAUUCUUCAAGGGUUAUACAGAGGGGAGAAGAUACGAGAAUUACUGGCCGGAGAUGCUAAAACUCAAGGAUUGGCCACCAUCUGAUAGUUUUGAGGAUUUUCUACCACGACAUUGUGACGAGUUUAUUCGAGCCUUGCCAUUCCAGGAGUACACAGAUACAAGGGCUGGUUUUCUUAACCUUGCUGUGAAAUUGCCAGCAGCUGUCAUUAAACCUGAUAUGGGUCCAAAGACAUACAUUGCCUAUGGCGUCAAAGACGAACUUGGAAGAGGGGAUUCAGUCACUAAGCUUCACUGUGACAUGUCUGAUGCGGUGAACAUUCUGACACACACAGCAGAAGUAGAUUUAUGUGAGGAGCAGUGUCAAGCAAUUGAAUUGUUGAAAGAAAAGCACAAAUCUCAGGAUGAAGAAGAAAGCAGGGCUAGAAGAGAAAAUGGAAGUCCUUGUGAAUCUAGUGGCAAAGACACUUCCUUUUCAUAUCAUAAAAAUCAAACAGAAGGGCGGUCGGAUAAUAGUGGCGCCGCUCUGUGGGACAUUUUUAGAAGAGAAGAUGUGCCGAAACUAAAAGAGUAUCUCGUUCAACAUGCGAGCGAAUUUAGACACACCUAUUGCUGCCCCGUUAAUCAGGUUAUUCAUCCAGUUCAUGAUCAGACCUUCUACUUGACCUCGGAACAUAAACUUAAGCUAAAGGAAGAAUACGGCAUAGAACCUUGGACAUUUGAACAGAAGCUAGGAGAGGCGGUUUUCAUUCCUGCAGGGUGUCCGCACCAAGUGAGGAAUCUCAAGUCAUGCACAAAAGUUGCUGCAGAUUUCGUUUCUCCCGAAAACUUACAUGAAUGCCUCAGACUGACUGAAGAAUUCAGGAAGCUGCCAAGAGAACAUAGAGCCAGAGAAGACAAAUUAGAGAUCAAGAAGAUGAUCCUUCAUGCCGUUGACAAAGCAGUUGAAGAUCUUGAAGAACUGACGUCUAGGAUCGAGAAUUAACAGCAAUGAAAAAUCAUAUCUCUAAUUUUGCCGACAAGAAAAACCAUUCUUCAUGAUCGCGUAUAGAUAUACUCUGUAGAGCAAGUAGCCUCCAUAUAAAUCGGCCUGCCUAGGAGCGGAUAAAAGUGUAAAUAGAUUAUAGAGAGAUUUGACAAAAUUGUAUACAGCUACUGAUUUUUUAAUGAGAUGCAGAUUUUAUCCAAAA